AGUUUCUUCUAAUAACAACAUAAAACGGAUCGGCCUAUCUUGGGAGGUGUGCUGUCGGAUCUGGCAGGAAGUUAUCUCGGUCUCUCUCCUGUUUCCUCAAUAUCGACUUCUUCAAGCGCUUUUCCAUGCUACCCCGAAUUUCGUCUCCGCCCUGCUCUCCUGGCGGCUAUCUUGACGUAUGGUUGUGCCUCGAGGAGCUGUGUCUUGAGAAAUCUGUGGCUAUUCUCGCGACAUUCCCCGCUGACUUAGAACGCAGACUUCGGCCUCGCGUUCGGAGAUGGGAUUGGAGUUAGGGCGAAACCGGUGCUCAUGGCUUUCAGACUCCUGGCGAGCGAAGACACAGGGUUGGAUCUUGACGCACCGCCUGUUCCUGGUCCUUCAAUGCGCGAUGCCGUUCUGAAGUCGAACCCGCCCCAGCGUACUACGGACCGUGCAUGGAAUUGGGCAGAGCGUGAGCAGUUUGAUUAGGACCGCAGGACCCAUCGUGUGCUGCUCCUCCUAAGGGCUGGCGCUCAGCCUCUUUGGGCACCCAGUGGGGUUGCGGCAUGCAAUGCUCUGGCGAGCUCUGUGUGAAGGCUACGGUCAUGGGAUACGGCUGGAAGGCGUCAAGGAAGAAGAGGGCUCAGUGUGCAACCCGAUAGCGAAUGGGUCUGUCCGUCCCUUCACUGCGAGCCGGCCGGCGCCGAAUCCUGCGUCCCCCAUUUCUGUGCUUUGGAUACCUACCUUAUACGGUAAGGAGAAC